AUGAGGAGGAAAGGGAAGGAAGAGAGGUGCUUCGGCACACCCAUGGGGCGUGUGCAGAAAAGUAACCUGCCUAUGCAAGGUAGCUCAAACCACAACAGGGAGGGCAGGUCACCAACCAAACGGGCCCCUCCCGAGAAUGCUCAGCAGCACUUCCGGAACAUCUGCCACAACCAAGUACCUGGACCACUAGAUGCUGCCAGGAAGCUUCACGAAUUAUGCUUUCAGUGGCUGAUGCCAGAGACCAACUUCGAAGAUCACAUCCUGGACUCUCUGGUGCUGGAGCAGUUCCUGAGCAUUCUGCCCCAGGGAAUGAGGAACUGGAUGCAAAAGCAUCAUCCGGGAGAUGUCAAACAGACUGUGAGUCUGGUCGAAAGCUUGCAGAAGGAGCCUGAUGCAGUCCCCGACAAGGACUUGUUGACAUUUGAUGAUAUCGACAUGCAUUUUUCUGAGACGGAAUGGCGUUUACUGGAUCCUUCUCAGAAGACACUCUACAGUGAGGAAAUGCUGAACAUCUACAAGAUGGCUGCCUCUCUAGGGUUAAAGCCAGAAAAUGACAAGGGAAAUGAUCAGCCUGAAUCUGCCUCUACAUCAGGAAUAGAAGCAAAACCGUCUAAAGUUUCAAACACCAGAAAGAAAGCUGCCCAGAACAAAAACAGCAGAAAAACCCGUGCAGACACACUCAGGGCACAGAAACGUGGUCAGGCUCAUCCCAGGAGGGGAACAGUGUCAGCUUCAGGUGGUAAAAAACAGGUUCCAAAACGUCAUCAGUGUCAGGAGUGUAAGAAAUGCUUCCGAGUUCCUGCUGAGCUUGUUAGGCACCAUAGAGUUCACACCAGAGAGAAGCCUUUUCCUUGUCAGGAGUUUGACCUGAGGUUCAGGUGGAUGUCAGAUCUGACAGCGCAUUCCCGGACACACAAAGGAAUAAAAUUAUAUACGUGCUCCUGGUGCCAGAAAAGCUUUUCUCUCAACACAAACUUACAUAAACACGAAAGAAUUCAUACAGGAGAGAAACCCUAUAAGUGUCUGAGAUGUGAGAGAGCGUUUACUCAGAAGUGUAGCCUGGUUAGACACCAGGUAGUCCACACUAAAGAGAAGCCCUAUUCGUGUAGCCUGUGUGAGAAAAGGUUUAGCAGACAGUCAAGCUUCGUCAGACACCAGAAGACACAUUGUCAGGCAACACGGCCAGGUGGAGGAGAGUCAGUGACAGACUGUAGAGAUUCCCAUGAUAAGAAUCUGUUAGCAGAGAAAAUUGGGGGGAGGUAUGCUUUGCGUCCCAGAAAGAAAUCCACACUGUUCCCCGCUCUUAAGACUUAG